AUGGCUUCGAAACCCGACUUCCCACCAGUGCGAUGCUGUCUCUUUGACGUGGACGGUCUCCUUAUCAACUCCGAAGACAUCUACAGCGACAUAACCAACAUUAUCCUUCACGAAUAUGGUCGUCCAGACCUUCCAUGGAGCAUCAAAGCACAGCUCCAAGGCCGACCGAAGCCCGAGGCCGGUCGCAUCUUCCAAGAAUGGGCUCAGCUUCCCAUUUCCGACGAAGAGUUCCAGAAACGAAACGCCGAACUCCAGAUGGAGCGAUUCAAGCACUGCAAACCACUGCCUGGUGUCGUCCAACUUUUGGAAAAUCUGCGUCGCAGUACGAGCGGGGAUUCUGGUCGAAAGGUACACAUGGCCGUUGCUACGAGUAGCCAUUUGAACAUGUUCACUGUGAAGACUAGCAGCGAUGAGACUAAACCGCUCUUCGCGUCUAAUGUAUUCCCACCCUCACAAAUUGUCUGUGGUGACGACCCAAGGGUUCCCAAGGGAAGAGGAAAGCCCCUUCCCGAUAUCUAUCUUACCGCGCUGGAGACAGUCAACCAAGCAAUCGAAGCCAGUGGUUCGGGAGAGCCACCAGUCAAGCCAGAGGAGUGCUUGGUGUUUGAAGAUGCUGUGCCGGGAUGUGAAGCUGGGAGACGCGCUGGUUGUCGAGUGAUUUGGUGUCCGCAUCCUGGGCUGCUUGGCGAGUAUCGAGGGCGUGAAAAAGAGGUAUUAGCCGGCGCCACUGGCGCGCAUAAGCAGAAGGAUCUUGAAAAUGCUGGUGCAAGCAGGUUUGAAGAUAGCCCGGGGCAUGUGGGUGCGAUUGACGACGGGUGGGCUGAGCUGUUGCAUUCGUUGGAGGAUUUUGAUUACGAAAAAUACGGCAUCAAGGUCGUCGCACUUUUGAACUGA